AUGCAGGACGUGUGGCGAUGCGGUUUACAUUGGGACGAGUCUGUUCCUCAAAACAUAUUUACAGAGUGGUCGGAAUUCGCGAGACAAUGGGAAUUGUUGGACCAAAUUUCUUUCGAUCGUAAAUUGCUAGUCGAAGAUUCCCAAGAUAUUCAAUUGCACGGAUUCUGCGACGCUAGUAACAACGGCUAUGGCGCGUGUUUAUACGUACGUUCUCGCGGACAGCGCGGUGAUACAACAGUCAGAUUAUUAUGCGCUAAAUCGCGGGUCGCCCCUUUAAAAACCGUCACUGUCCCGCGUCUCGAGCUCUGCGGUGCGCUAUUGCUGGCUCAACUCUAUCGCGAAGCGAGCAACGCAUUAGAUAUUAUUCCCGACAAGAUCAUUUUAUGGUGCGACUCGACCAUCGUGUUACAUUGGUUAAAAACGGCUCCGCACUUAUUAAAAACGUACGUAGCAAACCGUGUCGUAUCAAUCCGGGAAUUGACCGGCUCAUGCGACUGGCGGCACGUUAGAUCAGAACAUAACCCUGCCGAUGCGUUAUCGAGGGGUCAGAAGCCUCGCGAUUUCUUAAAAAAUCAGAUGUGGUCGUCGGGCUCUUCGUGGCUAAUCAAUGACGAAUUUGAAUGGCCUAACGAGGUCAUGCAAACAAUUGAGAUUCCUGAGUUAAAGAAAAACACUUGUUUAAUGGUCGCACACGACGAUAUCGGGAUUUUCGAAAAAUUCUCUUUUUACUCCAAAUUGCUUCGAGUUGUUGCAAUAUGCCUUCGCGUCCGGCCUAACAAUAGCUUCACCGGACCGUUAUGCACGGAGGAAAUUAAUGAAGCGGAAACGCGCAUAUUAAAGAUUAUUCAAGCAUCUCGCUUCUCGGACGAAAUCAAGAAAUUAGAAAACAAGGUUCCAAUAAACAAAGGUAAAAUCGCCAAUUUAAAUCCGUUUCUAGAUGAGCAUGGUUUGAUUCGUGUCGGAGGACGUCUCCAGGCGUCGGGUCUGACAUUCGCCCAAAAACAUCCAAUUCUCAUUCCCAAUCGACAUAUUUUUACCGACCGCAUCAUUCGUGAAAUUCACGAGAAACAUCACCACGCAGGCAUCCAGCAUACGUUAUAUUUUCUUCGUCAAAAAUUCUGGUUGCCAGACGGUCGUAAUCAAGUUCGAAAAAUCGUACGCAAAUGCGUCCACUGCUUCCGUUUCGAUGCUAAUGCGGUCGAAUAUAAGAUGGGGAAUCUGCCACCGGCGCGGGUUCGCGAAGCUAUGCCCUUUUCUCAUACCGGGAUUGACUAUUGCGGGCCAUUUUACAUCAAGGAAAGGAAACAUCGUAAUCGGACACGAAUCAAAGUCUAUGUAUGCGUAUUUAUAUGCAUGUCGAUAAAGGCAGUUCACUUAGAAGUCGUGAGCGAUUUAUCGUCCGAAGGCUUUCUCGCGGCAUUGCGUCGUUUCAUUGCGAGGCGGGGAAUGCCAGAACACAUUUAUUCGGACAAUGGAACCAACUUCGUAUGCGCGAAUAAUCAAUUGAGAGAGCUAUACGCGCUGUUUAAUUCCGACGAGCAUAAAGAUUUAAUAAACAGAUUCGCUAGCGAACAUCGUCUUGUUUGGCACUUCAUACCACCAUUAGCGCCACAUUUUGGUGGAGCAUGGGAAUCAAUGGUAAAACUCUUUAAGCAUCACCUCAAACGUGUCGUGGGCGAUGCAUUAUUUACUUUCGAAGAAUUCAAUACGUUUACAACCGAAGUCGAGGGCAUCCUAAAUUCGAGGCCAAUAACUUGCAUUUCAUCUGAUCCGAAUGACAUACUAGCAUUGUCCCCCGCUCAUUGCUUAAUCGGCAAGUCUAUAACGGCCCUCCCCGAGGGCGAACUUACAUCUGUUCCAGUGAACCGUCUGUCUGUCUGGCAACAUGUUGCCAAGGUGAGACAAGACUUUUGGGCGCGAUGGAGUCUUGAAUAUUUGAACGAGCUCCAAACGCGCAAUAAGUGGAACAAAGACGGGCCGAAACUCGACGUGGGGACAGUAGUACUCAUAAAAGAGAAAAAUCUACCGAGUAACCAGUGGGCCCUAGACAGAGUCACAAAGCUACACGCGGCGACGAUGGAAUCGUCCGUAGCCGCUGUCAUUAAAACCGCAGCCGGAGAGAUAAAAAGAGCUGCGAAAUCUCUGUGUCCACUCCCAUUAGAAUAA